AUGCUCCCUUAUACAACCGCCGCACCCCUUAUCAAACGCGAAGAGGGAUACAUCCUUCCAAAGCCCAUCAUCAUCCUACUUAUCAUCAUCGGAGCUGGACUGUUUGUGUGUGUGGGAUUUGCGGUACACAGCGCCUUUGGGUUCCGGACAAAUGGAAACGGCAUGAGAAACAUGGGGGCGGAGCAGAUGGAAUAUAUGACGGAGGUGCGUGGACGAAACUUGGCGGGCAUGAUGGCCCAAGGACAGCGGAGUCGGAUGGAGGGAGCUGGGCCUGGGGGGUUGAGGAGGGACGAGAGUGUGUACGAUUAG